GCCAUUAUCACUCAAAGGCACCGCUCUCCCAUGUAUUUACCUGUUUAUUACAUGUUUACCUAUAAUAUAGUAAGAAAUGGUUUUUGUGUCAUUUUUAUGGGUACUUGCAUCUUCUGGCACAAUAAAUUUCAGUUUUUCAGUUUAUAUAUUAUUUGUAUAAGUCUAUUUACUGUAUAAAAUCAAAUACCUGGAUAGUUGUACUUUCUUGCUUAUUGCAUAAUUUAGGGAUAAAUACGUUAUUUCACGAAGAAUACACGAUGUUACGCUCAAGAUGAUAAAAUAAAACGUAAAUAUUCGCUGUUUUACCUCCAUGAAACGCCAUGACGUCAUUUCUGUUUACGGACGUUAAUUUCCCGCGCUAACGCCAGGGCCAUUAUCGAUAAUGGCCCCGGGGCUUAUUAUGAUAAUGUGAUAAUGCAUGACGCAAUGCGAUAAUGGGAGAAAUUUCAGCACAAAUUUGUUACUAUUUAUAGGUACUCAUGUAAUAAGUACCUUUAAUGAUAGAGACGAAUGACGAAAAAAAAAACCAAUGCGCAAAACCCUGUCUUAAAUAGGAGACAUAGAUAAAAUGAUAUAAAAGAAGUCACACUGUGACAAAAUAUCGACCGGCAAGCUUCGAGGAGUUGUAUGGGAAACUUUGGUAUAAAUUGUUUCGUUUAAGAACAUGCAGACAGACAUAUGUCUGACAUAGAUAUAUGAUAAUGGCGAAGCGUUUUCUAAUGACAAGUUUUGCUUUUCUCGCAAUAACGGUAUUACUGAAAGACAAGAUCGCGGUAGCCAAGAUUUUGUCAGGGUUUGCAACAUUGAUGACGGGGAUUACCAAUUAUAGGAGCACUUCCGGUGCGCUAAGCGAAUUUAGCGCAAUGGGCGUUACUGUAUGCGCAAGGGAGUGCAGCUUGACGACCGAUUGCGAGUCAUUCUUCUACAACACGCAAGACAAAUUGUGCCAGCUUCACGAUAUUGUGUUCAAGAACAAUGGACCAAAUCUUACUUACGUCAGUCAAACGUACCAUUACAGAAUGAACGCACUGGUACCAACGUUCCCCUGCCCAUUAGCACCGCCAGGUGUUAGUUAUAAUGUAGCUUUGUUGCAAGAUAACACGGUUUUUACGUACAGAGUAGUGUGGAAUUUUGUGGACAGAAUCGCUGCGGAUGCUGCCUGUAUGGCUGAUGGUGCAAGACUGGUUCGAGUUCUGACAUUAGCGAAAAUGCAAGCGCUGGUGACUCUCUUUACUACAUGUCCAGGUUACAAUCAUUCAGGUAACUACUGGAUUGACGGUAGUAAUAUUAACGCUACGGACGUGUAUGACAUUACACAGUGGACGACAUCUGAUGGUGAACCAUUGCCGACAACUAACCAAUUCUGGGCUCCUGACUGGCCGCUGGAUACGGAGAUACAUCACUGUGUGGCCCUUUGGUCAGAUAGCGGCGACGGGUGGUCAGUGGCAAACACACCUUUGGGAAGUCUUCAGAAUGCAUCAGUGGUACCAACGUUCACCUGCCCAUUAGCACCGCCUGGUGUUAAUUACAAUGUAGUUUUGUUGCAAGAUAACACGGUUUUUACGUACAGAGUAGUGUGGGAUUAUGUGGAAAGAUUUGCUGCAGAUGCUGCCUGUAUGGCUGAUGGUGCGAGACUAGUUAAAGUCCUGACAUUAGCGAAAAUGCAAGCACUAGUGACUCUCUUCACUACAUGCCCAGGUGGGAAUGAAUACUUUAAACUGUGGCGUAUUGAAUGA